AUAGAUACCUGGGAAUUUGUCAGUGUUGAGUAAAAAUACACCCGGACGAAGGCGAAGAAAGGUUUCCCCUUAAAAUGGACACUAGGAUGUUGAAGAAGAUAAAACUCGGAGUAGAUGUUCUCUUUAUAGCUGCACUGUUCGUGGCUGUGGUCACACUGUACGCGGUCGACAUGCACCCGUUCCAGCGUGGGUUCUUCUGCUCGGACGAGUCGCUGAAAUACCCAUACAGAGAUGACACCGUCACCAUGGUUGUGGCCGGCGCCGUUGGGCUCAUCGCCAUGCUCAUCACCAUUUUCGUCUUGGAAGGAAUAAGGACGUGGAUCGUUGAACACGCCGGCACGAGUUCGACCCGCGAGAAGGCGAUCUCCUAUGUGAAAUCUGUUGUCUGGAAUGUAGCAGUCAUGCUGUUUGGAACCGCCUUUCAUUUUCUAUUGGUCGAGCUGCUGAAGCUGUCAAUCGGCAGACUCCGCCCACAUUUCUUUGACCUGUGCAAACCAGACUUUAAUACCAUCAACUGCACUUCCGGUUACGUCACUCAUUAUACUUGUACAGCAACAGUAGAUACGAAAAAACUUAACGAUGCUCAUAAAUCCUUUCCGUCCGGACAUGCGUCAUUUAUAGCCUACAGCAUGACCUAUGUCAUUGUAUAUCUCCAAUUGAGGCUGCCACGUCACAGUUUCCGGUUGAUGCGCGCGUCGCUCCAGUUCUGUUCGGCGAUGGUUGCGCUGUACGUCUGCGUGUCGCGCAUAUCCGACUAUAAACAUCACUGGAGUGACGUCAUCUCCGGCGGCGUCAUAGGCACCCUUGUGGCUGUACUCACUAUUGCGUACAUAUCUGACCUCGUCCCACGACGACAGGUGGACGGAAGUACGUCGGACAGCGGAACUGUAUGUGCCAAGACGAACUCCGGCGUGACAGAGAGUUAUAAGAAAAACGACAUUGAAAUGCAAAGAGAGUAGUGACGUAUGAAGAUGGGUACAGGUCUAUAGGUAUCGGACGAUGCCACCAAACAGAGGGGAGAGGGGUACUAUAAUAAAUUGUUCUUUCAGUUACUGGGAGUAUUGCAUGACCAUCACAGUUUAGAGGUCAGUGCCUCCCCCAACCCCCGAAAUGAUGUUUUUCCUUUUUGUUUUAUCACUGAAGCGAUAUUUCUUCAGAUACACAUCUGGGCCCGGUAACAUAAAGCACUCGUAACACUUACGUAAGACGUACACAGUACAUAAUGUAUGGCGUACGUCUGACGUAAGUGUUACCAGUGCUUUGUGUUACCAGGCCCUCUACCAGACCAUUUCCGACUAAAUUUGGUGAGAAGCUUUCUUGACCCAUAGACAAACACAAUUAUACGUUUUGUCAUUCUGACUCUUCCCCUUUCCGUCCCCAGGGUCUGAUUUGGUGGCCUAAAUUGGGAAGGAAAAACAAGCCGAUUUUAAAAGUUCUUCCAUAAAUGUUAAACCUUAGCAAAUGGAAAAAUAAAUUAGUGAGUUUGGUCAUUCCGACUCUCUCCAGCCAAGGGAAAGGGCCCAAAAAGGAGAAAUUGAGCCAAUUAAAAAAACAAAAUUCGUCUACUUCCAGAAGAUGCUAUAACCGAAUAGUCUUCUUAUAUGUAAAAGUCUUUAGAUCAUUGACGUAGGAACGGGGGGGGGGGGGGGGGCAUACUCAUACACACACAUGCACGCACACACACACACACACACACACACACACACACACACACACACACACACAACACACACACACAACACACACACAAAUACACACAUACAAAUACAUACAUAUACACACGUGUCCUCAAUGAGUCAGGUAUCUGCUCCAUGAGUCAGGUAUGUCUGCUGCAUGAGUCAGGUAUGUGUGCUGCAUGAGUCGGGUAUGUGUGCUGCAUGAGUCAGGUAUGUGUGCUAUGUGUGCUGCAUGAGUCAGGUAUGUGUGCUGCAUGAGUCAGGUAUGUGUGCUGUAUGAGUCAGGUAUGUGUGCUAUGUGUGCAACAUAC